AAACUACUUAAGAAGUUAUAGUUAAGUACUCUUUUAAAAGUCAUACCUGAAAGUAAAAUGGCUGAAAUAUAUGUCAAAACAUCUUCAUCUUCUUCCUCUAAUAAUUCUUCAUAUAUUACAUCAAGAAGGGAGUCAUUCACCCUAUGGAUGAAAUCCCUCAUGUUUCAUCAAAAGGGCUGUACGGUUUAUGAUUCAAAUGGUAAUCUUGUCUACCGCAUUGACAAUUAUGGUCAAAAGUGCACAAGGGAAGUUGAUCUCAUGGAUGUCGGUGGCAAUGUGCUUUUCUCCAUACAACAAAUUAAGAAAAUUCCCUUUUUGGGACAUUGGGAUGUCUCAAAGUGGAAUGGUAAUGGUAAGGUGAUGAAGAAGAUACCAAGCUUUCAAGUCAAGAAAUAUGGCAAAGACCUUAAUACUUAUGUGGUUUCUUUGCUACAUGAUGGUGAUGAGGCAUGUUGUUAUCUUAUUCAAGGAGGAGCAUCGGAAAAAUCAGCCUUUCGGAUAUCCGACAUUAAAGGCAUACCUAUUGCUGAGGUGAAACAGAAGCAAUCAUCUUCGGGGGUUAAUUUUGGUGAGGACGUCCUAAGUUUAGUUGUGGAACCUCAAGUUGAUCAUUCCUUGGUUAUGGCACUUGUGACUGUCUAUGAAUUGAUCAAUCGUAAGUUAUGAUUGUGAUCCCAAUUCCCCCAAUCAAUUUUGUGCUUUUGUUGAAGCCUUUGUGUGUAGAGAGUUUUUAUAAGCGACUUGUUUUUUUUUGUUUGGCCCCAAGGAAGAGGCGGCAACCAAUUUCUUCACAUAUGCGAGAAAAGGCUUUUGUGUAAUAUACUACUAUAUAGUGUUUUUUCGUGACAAUAUCAUUUGUACACAUCAAUUUACUUCCUCCAUCUCAAAAUUCAUCAUUGUUCUGAUUGGUUAAAUGAUGAUUGAAAAGUGGGG